AGCGGCCUUGAGGCGGCAGCCGGCUCCUACGCGUGCGCGGCCCAGCGGUGCUGGCAGUGCCCGGAGCCAGACGGGAUCGCGUGGGUUUGGAGUUUGAAAACGACAGGAAGCGACGGAAGACUCCUAAAACUUUCUGUUUUGCUGAAAGAAUCACUUCUAAGAGUCCAUCUUAUUAUGUCAAAUACUGUAUCCUCUUGGAUUUUAAGCUCUGCAAGAAAUAGCGUUGUUUUUUUUCACGGAAAAGGACGUUUGUAUUCAAAAUGGAUCCCACACCGAAGCAAGAUGAAAUGCAAAUGCAUGUUUGCCAAAGCACCACUCUCUCCUGUUGUGAUGAGCUGCAAUAUAGACAGCAUCUUCACUUUAAAGGCUUUCAGACAUACUUCAACAGAGGAGCAGCACUUCACUUUUCAGCUAACACCAUCACAAAUAAAUGAUGUAUUGAAAGCGGGUGAAUUAUCCCAUAAAAUAUCUGAAUUUGAUGGCAGAAAUUCAAAUUCUGUACUGAGAUUUGAAAGUAACCAGUUAGCAUCCAACGCGCCCAGUGAAGAUCGUAGGAGUGCAGCCACUUGCUUGCAGACAAAAGGAAUGAUGUUUGGCAUCUUUGAUGGCCAUGGUGGUUAUGCAUGUGCUCAAGCAGUUAGUGAGAGGUUGUUUUAUUAUAUUGCUGUCUCUCUUAUGUCUCAGCAAGUGCUGGAAGAGAUGGAGCUCGCCACAGAAUGCAUGAAACCAGUCCUGCCAAUUCUGCAGUGGUACAAACAUCCAAAUGACCUUAUGUUCCGAGAAGUGGCUUCGUUAUACUUUGAUCACCUCAGGGUUUAUUGGCAAGAUCUCUUAAACCUUGACCUAGAGACAGGUUUCAGUGUAGAAGAAGCCUUGAUAAAUGCAUUCAAAAGGUUAGAUUCAGAUGUAGCACUGGAAGUCCAGGCCUCCUUAGAAAAUGAAGUGAUGAGAAACAUUGCCCUGCAAGUGGCUUUCUCUGGUGCAACAGCCUGUGUGUCUCAUAUUGAUGGUGUCCACUUACAUGUUGCAAAUGCUGGGGACUGCAGGGCAAUCUUAGGGGUUCAAGAAGAAGAUGGAACUUGGUCAGCGCUCUCUCUUACUCGAGAUCACAAUGUCUUCAAUGAAGCAGAAAUCAGAAGGCUAAAGGAAGAACAUCCUAAAUUGGAGGAGAAAACAAUAAUUGUGAAUGACCGGCUGCUGGGGAUCCUCAUUCCUUCAAGGGCUUUUGGAGAUGUUCAACUGAAAUGGAGCAAGGAACUGCAACAGAGUGUUCUGGAGAAUGGCUCUAAUGUUGAAGCUUUAAAUAUUUAUCAGUAUGUCCCUCCAAACUAUUAUACACCACCUUAUUUAACAGCAGAGCCAGAAGUCACCUACCAUAAACUAAGACCUAAAGAUCGGUUUCUAGUUAUGGCAUCGGAUGGAUUGUGGGACAUGCUGAAUAAUGAGGAUGUGGUAAAACUUGUUGCAGAACACCUUGCAGAGUCUACCGUCCGGAAACCAGAACUCAAAAAACCAGUUAACUUGGGCUAUAUGCAAAGUCUGCUACUUCAGAGGAAAUCCAGAAGCAUGGGCUCACUUGACCAGAAUAUUGCCACUCACCUAAUAAGGCAUGCAGUUGGAAAUAAUGAAUAUGGAGAGGUAGACCAAGAGAAACUGGCUGCAAUGUUGACUUUACCUGAAGACCUAGCAAGAAUGUAUAGAGAUGACAUCACAGUUACUGUGGUGUAUUUUAAUUCUGAUGCAAUUGAAAAUUGCUACCAAGGCAAGAAAUAAGGACUUGAGUUAAUGCUAUACCAUGCUAUGGCAAGGUCUGAUAUGGGACCAUUAAUGUUUACUUUCACUAAUAGUCAAGCUGUUAGAAAUACUGUUGGCUACAAGUCCUCUCGCUGUGAAUUCCUUUUGAAAAUGUUGGGCUAUGAGUUUUGUAAAACCUUCUCUGGGCUCCCAGUUGUUUUGCUGGUGAUACAGAAUUGUACUGCUAACAGCUGUGCAGAAUCUGAUUGAAGGCAGUGGUCUAAUUAAUGAUCACUGGCCAAAUUCUCCCCAUGGAAACCACUGACCAAACUCCUGAAGUGCCCUAGUGUGGUAUCAACUGUUGAAGCUAUAGUUAUCUUCUCUAACCGAAUGAAAGUGCAAGAAGGACUGCCUUGUUCAGAGGUCUUAUGCAAAAUGAGCAGCCUUCUUUCCAAGCACAUUUUUCAAAUAGUUGCUGUUUGAGCAUGAGGGUUGUAUCUGAUACUUCAAACUACUCACCCUCCAUACUUAAGAGUGACCUUGUGAGCUUGCUCUUUCAUUUAAAACUUAAAGCAAGACUGUUUCAGUUUUGGAAACUGUUAGAUUACUUUUUACUAAUACCCUUUUACAGGAGGCAUAAAGAAACAAAGCAUAAUUUCUUCCAGAAUGACUGACUUCAAAUUGUGACAUGGGGUGUAAAGACAGUUGUGUGGAUACACGCUUGUGACAAUCUAGUGCACUUUAAACUAGAAUUUACAACUCAGUCUUUAGAAAUAUUAUAUAUUUCUAAUUUAAUGAGUACUUAAUGCCACCAGUGGUACUUGACUGGAAUAUUUUUAUGCUUAUUGUUUGAUUUACUAAAACCUUUUAUAUUGUAAACUGAUCCGUGAAACAUUGUGUUCUAAAACUGCAGUCUGUAAAACUAACUUAAAUACUAUUCUGUAGGUGCCUCUGGAAUUGUAUAAGUACAUGUGGAAUCUAAAUGCUUCAGUCUGAAGAGAUGGGUGCUCUACAAAUUGCUGCCUUUAUGUUCUCAUUUACGAGGUAGAAAUGGCAAUGCUGGUAUUCCACAAAAGAAUACUUCAUGCUUGUCUCUCUCUCCCUUCAUUCUCCUUUUCAGACAGGUGCUUACUGUCCUGCACAGAAGACCAUUCAAAUUGUCCUGGUGAUUAUUGAAAUGCUUGUCACUGGAUAUUACUUUUUAUAUUUAAAAGUACACUUUUUGGCAUUGUGCUAAAAUAAUGUACUUUGUCUUUUGCACUCCAUAAUUAUUUGUAUUGCUCUCUUUUGUACUUUGUCCCCUGUAGAAAGCUUAAAUUAGCUUUCAUUUUCAAAGCUGUCACACUGCUUUUCUAAUGACUGUUUCCUUGUUUGUGCCCCAGAAUAAUUGGAGCCUGCAAGAAUGUGCAUUCUGGGACUAGAGGUCUCUGUUUGUUGCUGUUGCUAUCAAGGAAGAGUACCUAUCUGGGUGGUACUGAACUAGCAUAAAUGUGAUCACAUUUUUUCUCCUCUGCUCCAUUUCAGAUGCAGCAGCUUUUCUCUUAAUUAUUCUGCAGUUCAGCAUGUUUGAAGUCAUUAACAAUUGCCCUCAUAGAAUCUUUGG